AUGUCGUCGACCUCGCCUUCGAAGGAGCCGGAGGUUGAAGCCGACGUGCAAUCAGGCGAAGACCAGGAGCAGAUGGACAAAGACCAGCAAGACGCCCAGGCGCAUGGACAGGGCGAAUUCGAGGUGAAGGAGCAAGAUCGGUGGCUUCCGAUUGCAAAUGUGGCGCGUAUUAUGAAGUUGGCCCUUCCGGAAAACGCAAAAAUCGCCAAAGAAGCCAAGGAGUGCAUGCAAGAGUGUGUGAGCGAGUUUAUUUCGUUCAUCACAAGCGAAGCCUCGGAGAAAUGCCAGCAGGAAAAGCGCAAGACCGUCAAUGGCGAAGACAUCUUGUUUGCUAUGACCUCUCUUGGGUUCGAGAACUAUGCCGAGGCCUUGAAGAUCUAUCUUUCCAAAUACCGCGAGACUCAAUCCGCUCGGGGUGAAAACCAGAACCGGCCGACUAGCAGUGGCUAUGGUGCUGGUGGGCCUGUCGGUGCGGCUGGAGGUCGUCCGGGAUAUGCCGAGGGCGCUGAAGGUGCGAACAGCAUCAUGAACCCCAACAUGGAUCCAUCAGAGCAAGAUGCAACAGCGUAUGGUUACCCUCCCAUGGUCGGGCAGCCACACAAUGGAGCUGGUGGGGAAUCUUAUUAG